AUGGCAUCAUCAGCAGCCGACGUUUUGUCUUCUACUACUAAUAACUUAGAAUCUCAACCCCCUGAAAAAUCGUCAUUGGAACAAUUUCGAAAAUUAUUCAUCGGAGGUUUAACUUAUUCAACUACGGAUGAAAAAUUAAAAGAGUAUUGUUCGACCUAUGGCGAAAUAGCUGAAUGUGUUAUUAUGCGUGAUAGGGAAGGCCGAUCACGUGGGUUUGGUUUUGUUAGUUUUGAAGAUCGUUCAAUGGUUGAUUCUUUCAUGGAACAUCGACCACAUACACUCGAUGGAAGAAAAAUAGAAUCCAAACGUGCAAUGCCACGUGAUGAAGCUUCAAAACCUGAAGGACAGUUAACAGUAAAAAAAAUGUUUGUCGGAGGCAUUAAGGAAGAUAUAACUGAAGAUGAUCUUAAAUCACAUUUUCAAAAGUUCGGAAAUAUUAUUGAGUGCAAUAUCAUGAAAGAUAAAGAUGAUAAAUUACGUGGUUUUGCAUUUAUCACUUUUGAUGAUUACGAUGGUGUUGAUUGUUGUAUUCUCGAAAAACCUCACAUUAUCAAAGAUAAAGAACUCGAUAUACGAAAAGCAAUUCCACGUGAGAAUAUAUCACGGGCUUACACUUCAGCCCCUCAUAAUAACAUAAAUUCUGAGUUCUAUUAUCAACCACAAUUAAUGAUCAAUAAUGGAACAUUACCUCCUCUAUCAUAUACUUAUUUUCAUCCGUCGAACUAUAUAUCUAAACCAAUACCAUUAAUGAAUACAACGAAUUCUAAUUCACAAGCAAACGGUUUACAGCCUACAACAUUAUUUAUUCCGCCGGAAUUGCAACCUAAUGCAUUUUAUCCUACAUCUUCAGUACGAACAAAUAAUAAUGUACAAUAUCAAAAUGGAAAUAGAAAAAAAAUAACAAAUGAACAAAUAACACAAUUACGCUCAGUCAGCGACGAGCAACAUCGAAAAUUAUUUAUUGGUGGUCUAUCUUUUAAAACCACUGAUGACACAUUAAAAGACUAUGCAAGAAAGUUCGGUGAAAUAAGUGAUUGCCUAGUAAUGAAAGAUCAUAAUGGACAAUCAAAAUGUUUCGGUUUUGUAACGUUUACUGAUUCAGCAAUAGUAGAUGAAUUUAUGAAACAAAGACCCCAUACUAUUGACGGUCGUCAAAUCGAUCCAAAGCGCGCGAUGCCACGUGAAGAAGCCAAUAAUGACGAUAUUCAUUUAACGGUGAAGAAAAUUUUUAUCGGAGGCAUUCGCGAUGGACUUGAUGAAGAAUCAUUACGAAAAUAUUUUGAAAAAUACGGAAAUAUCAAUGAUUGUCUUCUGAUGCAUGACAAAGAUGGGAAAACGCGAGGAUUUGCAUUUAUUGAAUUUGAUGACUACGAUCCUGUGGAUAAAAUAAUUCUUGCACGACCUCAUACAAUAGGUGAAUAUCGUGUUGAUGUUAAAAAAGCUAUACCAAAAGAUCAACGACAAUUUCAAGCUCAACAACAAGAAUAUGCACUUCAAAUGCAAGCAGCCACGGCUGCCUAUUAUUAUUAUACGAAUUUGCCAUAUCAUUUUUUAAAUAAUCAAAUAAUGCCUCCUUCUUUAAUCAAUCAAAAUGGUGCUCUUAUAGAUGAUGUAUUUUCUCAUAUUCAAACGUCAAAUAACAAUAAUAAUAUUUCGAAUACUCUUCGCUAUUUUCCCACACGCAAUAAUCGUCAACAAUCAUCACGUAGUAUUCAGUAA